CGCUUGGUUCUCUCUCUCUACUGCCUUCCUCGCCAACCAGGGGAGGAACUUGCAGCCGCAUCUCGGUGCCUCCGGAGGACCAGUCACACCGCGCUCUGCAGCGGCAUGAGUGCCCGCCUUCCUCUCCUGCUACGCCAACUCGGCCACCAGCAGCUGCCCCCGGGCCCGGCGUGUCGCCUCCGUGAGCUGUGUCGAUCCGGCAGCAGAAGCAGCAGCAGCGGAGGUGGUGACCCCGAGGGGUUGCGCGGGCGGCGGCUGCAGGAUGGCCAAGCCUUCAUCAGCCAUAGCCCAGGCAGUCCGGAAGACCCCGGGAUGGACUCAAUCGUUAGAGACGUCAUUCACAAUUCCAAAGAAGUGCUGAACUUGUUGCAAGAAAAAAACCCUGCCUUUAAGCCAGUUCUUGCUGUGAUUCAGGCAGGAGAUGACCACCUGAUGCAGAAUGUGAACCAGAAUUUGGCCAAGGAGGCUGGCCUGGACAUCACUCACAUCUGCCUACCUCCAGACAGUGGAGAGGAUGAGAUCAUAGAUGAAAUCCUGAAGAUUAAUGAAGACCCUAGAGUGCAUGGCCUUGCCCUUCAGAUCUCUGAAGAUUCAUUGUGCAACAAAGUUCUCAAUGCUUUGAAACCGGAAAAAGAUGUGGACGGGGUGACCGAUGUCAAUCUAGGGAAGCUGGUGCGAGGUGACGCUCCUGAAUGUUUUGUUUCGCCCUUGGCCAGAGCUGCAGUAGAACUCAUUGAGAAAUCAGGGAUCACCUUGGAUGGAAAGAAGGUCUUGGUCAUAGGGGCUCACGGGCCUCUGGAAGCUGCCCUGCAAUGUCUUUUCCAGAGAAAAGGAUCCAUGACAAUGAGCUCCCCGUGGAUAACACCUCAGCUUCAAGACAAGCUUCGAGAGGCAGACAUUGUGGUCUUGGGCUCACCUAAGCCCGACGAAAUUCCUGCUGCUUGGAUCCCGUCAGGAGCCACCAUGCUCAAUUGCUUCCAUGACUUCUUGUCAGGGAAGCUGAGAGGAGGUUCUCCUGGGGUCCCCAUGAACAGACUCAUUGCCGACGAGAGCGUGAGUCUCCUUGCUGCAGCUCUGCGGGUUCAGAACAUGGUGAACAGUGGCAGGAGAUGGCUCCGAGAGCAGCAGCAUAGAAGAUGGCGACUCCACUGCUUGAAACUGCAGCCUCUCUCCCCUGUGCCCAGUGAUAUUGAGAUCUCACGAGGACAGACUCCAAAAGCGGUGGAUGUCCUUGCCAAGGAGAUAGGAUUGCUUGCAGAUGAAAUUGAAAUCUACGGCAAGAGCAAGGCCAAAGUCCGCUUGUCCCUGCUGGAGAGGUUAAAGGAUCAAACAGAUGGAAAAUACGUCUUGGUUGCUGGGAUCACACCCACCCCACUUGGAGAAGGGAAGAGCACAGUCACCAUCGGACUAGUGCAGGCACUAACUGCUCACCUGAACGUCAACUCCUUCGCCUGUCUGAGACAGCCUUCCCAGGGACCCACUUUUGGAGUGAAAGGAGGAGCUGCAGGUGGUGGAUAUGCUCAGGUCAUUCCCAUGGAGGAGUUCAACCUUCACCUGACUGGGGACAUCCACGCCAUCACUGCCGCUAAUAACUUACUGGCUGCUGCCAUCGACACGAGAAUUUUCCAUGAGAGCACUCAGACAGACAAGGCUCUAUACAAUCGACUGGUUCCCUUAGUGAAUGGUGUCAGAAAAUUUUCAGAAAUUCAACUUUCUCGGCUGAAGAAACUGGGGAUACAUAAGACUGAUCCCACCGCUCUGACAGAAGAGGAAGUGAGGAAGUUCACCCGCCUCAACAUUGACCCCUCUACCAUCACAUGGCAGAGAGUAUUGGACACGAAUGACCGAUUUCUGAGAAAAAUAACUAUUGGGCAGGGAAGCACGGAGAAAGGAUAUUCCCGGCAGGCACAGUUUGACAUUGCAGUGGCCAGCGAGAUCAUGGCCGUGCUGGCCUUGACUGAUAGCCUCGCAGACAUGAAAGAGCGGCUAGGAAGAAUGGUGGUGGCCAGUGACAAAGAUGGGCAGCCUGUGACAGCUGAGGACUUGGGGGUGACAGGUGCUCUGACAGUUUUAAUGAAAGACGCCAUCAAGCCAAAUCUAAUGCAGACCCUGGAAGGAACACCUGUGUUUGUGCACGCUGGUCCCUUUGCUAAUAUCGCUCAUGGCAACUCGUCGGUGUUAGCUGAUAAAAUCGCACUAAAACUGGUCGGCGAAGAAGGGUUUGUAGUGACUGAAGCUGGCUUUGGGGCUGAUAUUGGGAUGGAGAAAUUCUUCAACAUCAAAUGCCGAGCUUCUGGCCUGGUGCCCAAUGUUGUUGUCCUGGUGGCCACCGUUCGAGCUCUGAAGAUGCAUGGAGGUGGGCCAAGUGUAACCGCUGGGGUUCCUCUCAAGAAAGAAUAUACAGAAGAGAACAUUCAGCUGGUAGCUGAUGGCUGCUGCAACCUACAGAAACAAAUUCAGAUCGCUCAGCUCUUCGGGGUGCCCGUGGUGGUGGCACUGAAUGUCUUCAAGACGGACACCCGUGCAGAGAUUGACCUGGUGUGUGAGCUCGCUAAACGGGCCGGUGCCUUUGAUGCGGUCCCCUGCUAUCACUGGUCAGCUGGAGGAAAAGGGUCCGUGGACUUGGCUCGGGCUGUGAGAGAAGCUGCGAAUAAGAGAAGCCGCUUCCGGUUCCUGUACGAUGUUCAGCUUCCCAUCGUGGCAAAGAUAAGAGUAAUUGCCCAGACCGUCUAUGGAGCCAAGGAUAUUGAGCUGUCUCCUGAGGCACAGGCCAAAAUCGACCGCUAUACGCAACAGGGUUUUGGAAAUUUGCCCAUCUGCAUGGCAAAGACCCACCUUUCUCUGUCUCAUGAACCUGACAAAAAGGGGGUGCCGAGGGACUUCAUUCUGCCCAUCAGUGAUGUCCGAGCCAGCAUCGGGGCUGGGUUCAUUUACCCUUUGGUGGGAAUGAUGAGCACAAUGCCAGGUCUGCCCACCCGACCCUGCUUUUACGAUAUAGACCUUGACACAGAAACAGAGCAAGUUAAAGGCUUGUUCUAAUGGAAUCGAACUCUCACAGGACUGGGCCAGAGUCUUCAAACAAAAAGGUCUCUCCUUGCCUUUUUGCUGCAGUUGGAGAAGAAAAUGAAUUUUGAAAUCUGCUUGUUAUGCAAUGCUGGAGAAAUCCUGAGACAGGCCAAAGACUGCUUUCCUCAUGCAAGAUGAAUUCUGCUUCCAGCCAAGCGGUGUUCAACAGAGGGACCUGCACCACAUCUGGAAGGAGCAAAGUUACUCUCGGUUCCGAUAGCGUUUACACCAUUUCUGCUGCUUUUACUUUAGAAAGUUUAUUUUAUGGAGGCUAGGGGAUUGCAGGAGUGUGAACUAAAAACUAAUGUUUCCUUCUGUGGGGUUUCCUCUUUCAGCUUUUUAGCUCUCCCUUCCCUCACCUGUGUUGGGGAUGGGAGGCCAGGCCUCGGAUUGCACUGUCCAGCACUGUGCUGCCAAGCCAGUUUUUGUCUUUGAACUGGAAAUAAAAGUAUUUCUAGAAAA